CUCUUCUUACAGACACAACCAACAAAGAAAUAAAAAAAUCGCACGUUUCUUCUCUCUCUCGCGAACAAAUCUGAAUUUAGGGUUUUUGAGAAAUCUUCAUUUUGUGAUUUUUCGUAAAUUCUUGUUUAUUGGAUUUUGUUGUGGUUUCGGAAAUCCAAAUCAUCUGUGAAAAUCACCAUGAUUUCUGAUUCGAUCACCAACGCUUCUGCUACUGCAGCUCCUAGCGCCAGGGAUUUCGGAAAAAAGAAAAGGACGAACAGGUCGGCGAAAUUGAAACAGAGCAAGCUAGGUCUUCGUCGUGAGCAAUGGCUUUCUCAAGUUGCGAUGAUUAAUAACAAAGGGGAUAAGGAGGAAACAGAUUCCAAUCGAAGAAUUAGGAGUGAGAAGCCUGUUCAGAGAGAUCGACCGGUUGAGAAUUUUGAUGUGCAGGGUAGAGAUAGAGAAGAAGAGAAUCAUAACAGUGGAACACAGCAUCGUCAUGAGAGCUUUAUUGAGUCGCUUUCUAAUAGCCCUAACAGUAUCCUGAGUGGCAUGAAUUCGAUUCCUAAUUUUAGCAGCAGUAGCAGCAGUGGAAGUGGUGGCUCUUGCUCUGGUAAUAUAACAGAAGAAGAGGAUGAUGCUGAUGAUUGUUUGGAUGAUUGGGAGGCUAUUGCUGACGCUUUAGCAGCUGAUGAUGAGAAGAAGCAUGAGAAAGAGAAUCAUCUUGAGUCUUGUGAAGAGGGUGAGAGUAUCAUCAAGAAAUCAGCUUUGCCGAGGGAUGGAUCUGAUGUGGCUGUAAGGGAUGCAAAAGAGAACCCGGAUUGUUCGAGAACAAUGUCGAGGAAGCAAAAGAGUAACCAGGCGUGGAGGCCAGACGAUAAGCUACGUCCUCAGGGUCUGCCUAAUCUGGAAAAGCAGCGUAGUUUUCCUGUUAUGAAUUUGCAUUUUAGUUCUGUGACAGUGCCAUCUUCUUGUCCCAUUUGUUACGAAGAUCUGGACUUGACAGAUUCAAACUUCUUACCAUGUCCUUGUGGGUUCCGGCUUUGCCUUUUCUGCCACAAGACGAUUUGCGAUGGAGAUGGGCGUUGUCCUGGUUGCAGAAAGCCAUAUGAAAGGAACACUAUCAAGGUUGAGGCUAGUGUUCAAGGUGGUGGUCUGACUAUUCGGCUUGCUCGUUCGUCUAGCAUGUUUUGCAGGUCAUGAAGAAAAGGAUGUGGCGUUUUCUCGGCACGUGUCUGUUUGUUUUUCUCUCUUCUUCUUAUUUUCCUCGCAUGUUACUACGUUUUUCACCUGUCUUAAAAACUCUUUAGAUAUGGGUAUAGGAUUUGUCUUUUGGCAACUGAGAACUAUGUUCUAUGUUCUUCUAUGUCAAUGACUCUUCUUCGUCUAAAACAUGUGGUGGUGGUUAUGUAGAGUUGUGUGUGAGUACAUAAGGUGGGACACGGAUUUUAAAUACAUAAAGUUGCAAUAAGUCUCUUUCUCAUUGCCUCCGAGAAACCUUGCUUAUCUGUAAUAUUCUAAAGGUAUCAUUUUAUACCUUCUGUUA